AAAAUAACCUUUGGCCUUGCUUCUUGCAGCACCCAUUCUUAUCUUUCUGCAUCUCCUCUCUCAUCCUCCUUGUUAUGACUUCUGCUACUACAUUUCUACCAUUCCAAUUACUAACCCCUAAAUGCAUUACCAUACCCUCCACAUUUGGGUACCUCCCUUUAUCUUCUAAACCCUUCAAAAUCUCUAAACUUUCAUCAUGGGUCUCUCAAAAAAACAAGACUUUAUCUCCAAAACUGUCCCAUUUUGCUCCCCAGACCUCAGAUUGGUCCCAACAGGUCACACAAGAAGGUGAACAAGAUGAAGAAGAAUCAUAUUCUGAGCCACCUGAAGAUGCAAAGAUUUUUGUGGGCAACUUGCCUUAUGAUAUUGACAGUGAGAAGCUGGCCCAGCUCUUCAGUUCUGCUGGAGUUGUUGAGAUUUCUGAGGUGAUAUAUAAUAGGGAUACAGAACAGAGUAGAGGGUUUGGGUUUGUGACAAUGAGCACAGUUGAAGAAGCUGAGAAAGCUGUGGAGAAAUUCAGUGGCUAUGAUUUAAGUGGCAGGCUUCUAACUGUAAAUAAAGCUGCACCAAGAGGUUCACAACCGGAAAGACGAGUAGUAGCGAAUGCUUUUAAAAUAUAUGUGGGUAAUCUGGCAUGGCAAGUGGAUAGUAGUCAACUUGAGCAGGCGUUUAGUGAACAUGGGAAGGUGGUUGAAGCAAGGGUUAUCUAUGAUCGUGAAACUGGUCGUUCACGUGGGUUUGGUUUUGUAACAAUGGCGAGUGAGACAGAAAUGAACGAUGCCAUUGCCGCUUUAGAUGGACAGAGUUUGGAUGGGAGGGCAAUCAAGGUUAAUGUUGCAGAGGAACGCCCAAAGCGUAGCUUCUUUUGAUUUUGAACGAGGAUAAUCGGCUUAAAGAUUGCAGAGAAGCUGCUUCCUUUUCAAUUUUUUGAAUCAUUGUAGGUUCUUUUAAGUUAAUUAGAGUCAUUGUUCUUCAAUAAUAAUCUUGUAUAUUUUUUCAAGUAUCAUAAUUUUUUUGUACUGGUGUUCACAUUCUGUGUCCUAUUUUA